GCUAGGCUAACUAGCUGCUGCUGAGGGACAUGUAGCCAGUCAAACACUCAGUCUGUUUCAAUGAAGGAUCUUCCAGAGUGACUGGGACAUGGAGUUAAGAAAUAUCAAGGACCAGUCUCCAUUGGUCCAGGCUAUAUUCAGCCGAAACACAGAAGAAGUGACAUUUUUGUUGAACCAGGAAGAAGAUGUCAAUUCACUGGACCAAGAACAAAGCACACCACUUCAUGCUGCUGCUUAUCUGGGAGAUGUCCACAUUAUGGACCUACUUAUUACUUCAGAUGCAAAUGUCAACACGAAGGACCAGGGUUUGCUGACUCCUUUACAUCGAGCCGCUGCGUCACGAAAUGAAAGGGCUGUGGAGCUGCUACUAAAGCACAAAGCAGAGGUCAACACAAGGGAUAAAUUCUGGCAUACGCCUUUGCACAUGGCAGCUGCAAACUGGGCUACAGGCUGUGCUCAAGCUCUGAUACCACAUGUUUGCAGCCUGGAUGUUACUGACAGGUCAGGGAGGACACCACUGCAUCAUGCAACACACAGCGGCCAUGGAGAGAUGGUGAACUUGCUCCUGAGCAAAGGUGCCAAUGUUAGUGCCAAAGAUAAGAAAGAAAGGCAGGCCAUCCACUGGGCUGCACACCUCGGACAUGUGGAGGUCAUGAAGCUGCUGGUGUCUCACAGUGCUGAUGUGACUUGCAAGGACAAACGUGGUUACACUCCGCUCCAUGCUGCAGCUGCCAGUGGGCAGUUAGACGUGGUCCAAUAUCUGUUGAGGCUGGGGGUAGAGACUGAUGAACCCAACAUUUUUGGGAACACGGCGCUCCACAUGGCCUGUCACACAGGCCAGGACACCGUGGCCACUGAGCUGGUGAACGGCGGCGCUAACAUCAAUCAGCCAAACUACCAGGGCAACACGCCACUGCAUCUGGCUGCUGCCUCCUCCAGUGGGGUGCUGUGUCUCGAGCUGCUAAUCAACAAUGGGGCUGAUGUCAACAUGCAGAAUAAAGAAGGAAAGAGCCCUUUACAUAUAGCUGCUAUGCAUGGACGCUUCACAGGCUCCCAGAUUCUGAUCCAAAAUGGUGGGGAGAUCGACUGUGUUGAUAUGUAUGGAAACACUCCUCUUCACAUUGCUGCCAGAUAUGGUCAGGAGUUGUUGAUCAGCACUCUGCUGACAAAUGGUGCUGACAAGGCCAGACAGGGGAUUCAUGGGAUGCUUCCACUACAUCUGGCGGCGCUUUACGGUUUUCCAGACUGCUGUCGAAAGUUACUGUCUAAUGGUCAGUUUUACAACAUCAUGCCGGCUCAAAUGUCAUCAGUUGGGUUUGAUAUAAACAUCUUAGAUGACCAAGGGAGGACCUGUCUGCAUGCAGCUGCCUCUGGAGGAAAUGUUGACUGUCUCAACCUGAUCUUAAAUAGUGGCGCUGAACUAGGCAUUAAGGAUAAUUUGGGAAGAUCUCCUUUGCACUAUGCUGCAGCCAAUGGGAACAGCCACUGCACGAUCUCUCUGGUGAGAGCCGGUGCUGAGGUCAAUGAGCUGGAUCUGAUGGGCUGCAGCCCUCUGCACUACACUGCUGCUUCACACACCUUCUGUGGUGGAAACACAAACUCUGAUCCUCACUACAGCGUGGAAAAGGAACAAGAGGCCUCUCUGUGUUUGGACUACUUGCUCGACAACGGGGCGAACCCAACUCUGAAGAACAGUAAGGGUUACAGUGCCGUCCACUAUGCUGCAGCUUAUGGGAACAAACAGCACCUCGAACUGCUCCUGGAGAUUUCUUUCAACUGUCUAGAAGAGGUUGAAAGUAAUAUUCCAGUCAGUCCUUUGCACUUAGCUGCAUAUUAUGGUCACUGCGAGGCCCUUCGUUUGCUGUGUGAGACAUUAGUGAGUCUUGAUGUGCGGGACAUUGAAGGCCGAACUGCCCUCCACCUGGCUGCUCAGAGAGGUUUUGCCCCGUGUGUGGAGGUGCUGCUGAAACAUCAGGCCUCAUACACACUGAAGGAGCACAAGCGCAAGUGGACGGCUCUUCAUGCUGCAGCGGCUGAGGGCCAAAUGGACUGUCUGCUUUUACUGGUCAACAGGGAACAAAGUGCCGACAUCAUUGACAGUCCAGAUACACAGGGACAGACGGCUCUCAUGCUGACAGCUCUGGGACGUCACACCGACUGUGUCCACAUCCUGUUGGAGAAAGGAGCGAACCCUGAUGCUGCAGACAAAAAGGGCUUCACUGCAUUACACAGAGCUGCCAUGUUGGGCAGUGAGGACUGUGUAUCUGCUCUGCUGGAACACGGGGCUUCUGCUCUGUGUAGAGACUCUCAGGGAAGGACCCCGCUGCACCUUGCAGCCUCCUGCGGUCACACGGAGCUUCUCAGCAAUUUGCUGAAGGCUGCUAUGAAGGUUGACCCUCUGGACUCCAUGUUGGACCACAGAGGCUACACGCCCACCCACUGGGCUGCUUACCAUGGGCAUGAAGGAUGUUUACACAUUUUACUUGAAAACAAACUCUUUAGCAACCAGGAAGGAAAUCAGUUCACCCCAUUGCACUGUGCUCUAGUUAAUGGACAUGAAGUUGCUGCCGAACGUCUGGUGAAGACUGUUGGACCUCAAAUUGUUAAUGUUUGCGAUGCCAAAGGAAGGACCCCGCUGCACGCAGCUGCUUAUUCAGGAAAUGUUGCUGGGCUCCAGCUGGUCCUGGCCCAGGGAGCAGAGGUCAAUGCUGUGGACCACUGUGACUGCUCUGCUCUGAUGGUUGCUGCUGACUGCGGACAGACCAUGGCUGUUGAAUUCUUGCUGCACAAAGCGAAGCCUGAGCUGACCCUGGUGGAUGUUAAUAAUAACACAGCCCUUCACUUAGCCUGCAGCAAGGGUCAUGAGAUGUGUGCCCUGUUGAUCCUUGGAGAGAUCAGCGACUCCUCCCUCAUAAAUGCAACAAACAGCGCUCUCCAAAUGCCUCUUCACAUUGCAGCGAGGAAAGGCCUGGCGACUGUAGUGCAGGUGUUACUGAGCAGAGGAGCGGCAGUCAUGGCUGUAGAUGAGGAAGGCCGCACACCAGCUCUGGCCUGUGCCCCGAACAAAAACGUGGCAGACUGUCUGGCCCUGAUCCUCUCCACCAUGAAGCCUUUCCCUCCCAGAGAGCCCAGCGGUGGUACAAACUCCCACUUCAACCCCAUCCUGAAGAACUGUGGCAUUGCUGCCACCUGUGGCUCCAGUGGAAACCUGUGUCAUGCCUAAGUUAAAGCCGACACUGGUACUAUUGGCCUGCACAGGUGUGUGACACAGUGAAAUUUCAUCCCAGUGUAGCCCAAAGUCUCCACACGCACAUACAAGUCUCCCUAAACAUGUGUGGUUGGUCAUGCAUAGCUUCUUCCCUCACGUGGCAUUUACACUUGUGCUCAUGCACCAGUCGACCGCUUCUCUAAAAUAGAGUCUUACACAUUACUAAUAUUAGCAGACCUCUUAGAUGAUCUUUUCUGUUACAUGAGUUGAGUUUAGCACAUAAAUGUUAUUUUAAUGAAGCACUAACUAUUAGAAAUGAGUGGAAGUUUUAGCAUGAGCACACUAUACAAGCCUCCUCCCCUGAACCCCGUCCACCGUCAGUAUUGGCUUCAUUUCUAAGCACAUUAACCACCAAAGCCUGAAAUCUCCAUGUUCAUCCUCAGCUGAUACAAGUGCAAGAAUACUAGGAUGAUUGUGUGUUUGAUAUGUGUGCGUGCGUGCGUGCGUGUGUCUGUAUGUGUGUGUGUCUGCAGAUGCUAUUUUGCAUAUUAGACGUUGCUUAUUGAUAUACUUGUUUUUAAAAUAUCUAACCGGUGCUCUAAACCUUUUAUGCAAUUAAUAAGGCUCUAUUUUCUUAUUCUGUCCAGAGUGUAGCAGACACUACACUGAUAUAAAUAACCAUAUUAUUCUAAUAUCAUGAUUUACAUUUCAGUUUAGUAAAAACAGUAACAAGCAUGUGUAUAGUUUUAAUUAUAUAGUUUUCAUAGAGUCUUGUGUAUAUUUAGUUCUCUAAAUGAAGUUAACCUUUUACUUCUACUAUCUUGAAAAUCCCAAAUUAUUGAGAAUGAACCUCAGGUCAGUGUGUACUGUACAGCAGGUGCAAUAAAAAGCACAUCUUGGGCUGGAUGUUACAUAACAAGUAUAAAAUGUGACAGAAGUAUAGAAGCGUGUUUCAGUUUAAUAAGCCAGAGAAUAAAACAAACAAAUUAAAUAUAGUAUUUCAGACUUUGAGCAGGAAGGUCUUCUGACAUUUCACUACAUUUGCACCUAAAGAUUAAUUUAAUUUCUGAUUAAUUCAUUGAUUAUUUUUAAAUUAAAGUGUGCAUUGUAAGUUUUCAUACUGCUUGUAUUUUUUAUUAUUUCUGAGCAGACCUCUAAAACCAAUAGAUAUUUAAUUUACACUAAUAUAAGAGCAAGAAAAGCAGCAAAUCCCUCAGAUUUGAGAAAUGGGCUCUAACAACCGUUUUUCAUUAUUGCUUGCUGAAUUUGUUAGUUAUCAAAAAUUGUUGAUUAUCAAAUUGUCAAUCAAUUUUCAGUUGAUCAACUCAUCAAUCAGUCAUUUCAGCACUAUGUUUCAGAUUUGUUGUCUGUACAAUGAAGUGAAAUUUAAUGAACUGGUCACAUAUGAUGCCACUAACAAUUUCUGUGAAACACUAAAAACUGAAAUCACUGUUUUUAAUGUGAUUUUCUGCACAAGUUCCACUGCUUCAGUGGGAAAGUCUCCUGCAGCCACACUUCCUUCAUCCAAAGUGACCAGAAGCUGUACAUUUCAGUGUCCAGCAUUUAUUGUCAAUGAAUAAAUCUGUUAAUAGUAAACAUUUGAGAUAUUUUAGAGUUUAAAUAAGAAAAAUUGGCAGAUUGUUUUUUUUUUCUCUUGCUAAAUCAAUUAGCACAAUACAUGCUGUACUAAUACUGUACUGGUACAAAGAUGUCACUGCCUCUCUUUCUUUAAAGAUCAAGGUUUUAUAAAUGGAGUUGUGCAUUUAAUGUUUAUCUUUUUAUAAUUUGAAAGCUACAAACACACACAGACUUUAAUAUUUCCCCCCUUUUUUUAUUGAUUUUCUUUUUCUCUAGUAAUACCCGCUGUAUUAUCUUAAAAUGGCUUUAAAGUAUUUGCACUCUGACAUAAAAGUUUACAUUUUACAGUAGGGUAUCCUCCUUAGGUUUAUGCAAAUAUUCUCAAAAAUUUGAGAGUAUAUUUGACAAAUUAAACAUUAAUCCAAGAGUAGAACAUUAUCAUGUGAGUGUCUCCUUCCUUGUGUCAUUUGGAUUAAAUUACUGGGGAAACAACUUACUGGUUUUACAACUGUACAACAAUUGUACUGAAAUGUUUUGAAUAAUGUUUGUGUUUAGGAGUUUGUCUUUUAAAGCUUUUCAUGUGAACAAUUUAUUGUCUUCCUCAACAUCUUGCUAAGAUUUCAGGGUGCAUCGAUUUGAAUACUCUGUGUGGUUUAGUUGUGGAUGACAUUCAUAUGAGAGAAAAUAAAAAAAC